AUGUCGAAUGAAGAUGUUGCUGAUGAAAAUGAGAAGAAAAUUAUUACUAGUGGUGAAGAAUCCUACGAUCCCGAAACUAAUAAUGAAAUGCAUCUAUCCAUCGAAAGAGGCCGAAGAAAGAAAAUGAAAGAAAUGUUCGACGAUCUUGGUGCUUUACUUCCUCAACUUCCUUCAAAGGCUGAUAAAGCAACCAUAGUGAACGAAGCAGUGGACUACAUAAAAGUUCUGCAGGAAACUCUGGAAAAGCUAGAGAGAAAGAAAGAAGAAAGGGCAAAACAUAUUCUGAAACAAAUUAUGGGAACGAGUUCAGAGUCUGAGAAGCAGAAAGGUUUUGAUAAAACUUGGGCUGCUUCAAACAUGGUCCUCAACAUUCGUGGAAAUGAAGCUCAAUUCUCGAUUUGCUCAGUGCAUAAGCCAGGACUCAUGACCAUGAUUGCUUCUGUUCUUGAAAAGCACAACAUAGAACUCAUUUCUGCAACCAUUUCUGCUAAUGGAAAUGGAAGUACAUGCAUGAUUCAAGUCCAUGGAAAACAAGCUUGGGAGGCAAAUUCAAUGGAGGAAACUUACAGAAAAGCUGCUGAAGAAAUUAUGCCAUGGAUCUCUUAA